AAUAUGGCCGCUGAGUUUGUGCUUACUUUUGCUGCCGAGAGAAUACUGACCAAAGUAGCUGCACUUGCCACUGAACAACUUAGUCUUGCUUGGGGAUUCAAAGGAGAACUGGCCUGGCUCGGAGAUUCAUUAUCCCUCAUGCAAAACAUCUUACGUGAUGCUGCUGAGCAACCAACAGAUCAGGGCCACGCCGUCAAAGCUUGGGUGAAGAAACUUAAAGACAUAGCACAAGAUGCUGAUGAUGUGCUGGAUGAAUUCCAGUAUGAAGUUCUUCGACGUAAACUGGAGCUGCAAAACCACAUGAAGAAAAAGGUACUCAACUUCUUUUCAGUCUCCAAUCCCAUUGCUUUUCGCCUUAAAAUGGCACGGAAAAUUAAGAACAUCAACCAACUUUUGGCGAAUCUCAAGAGUGACGCAUCUUUGAUUGGGCUGGUUGCAAAACAAAAAGAUGCAACCCCCCCAGCUAUGGUGAACAGAGAAACUGUCUCAAGCUUUGAUACAAAUGAGAAGUUUUUUGGAAGGGAGAAGUUGUUGUCCUAUAUAGUCAAGACCUUGACCAACUCCAACAAUCAGGAAAAUCGAAAAACAACCUUGGCUAAAAAAGUAUACAACGAGUUGGCUAUAGAUAAAUCAUUUGACGAAAGAAUAUGGGUGUGUGUAUCUGACCCUUUUGACGUCAAUUCGAUUUUAAGAAGGAUCUUAGAAGUACUUAACCCCACAAUUGCCAGGAUAGAAAGUCAAGAAGCAUUGCUUAAAAACCUUCAAGAAGCCUUGGCUGGAAAGAGAUAUAUUCUUGUACUCGAUGAUGUUUGGAACGAAGAUCGUACAAAAUGGAGCAAUUUGAUGAAUUGUUUGUCAAAACUUGGUUCCCAAAGAAGCACUGUGAUUGUCACCACCCGCAGUGCAAACGUUGCAUCAAUUACGGAAACAAAUCCUAAUCUUAGGUGUAAUUUGGAUACUCUAGAAGAAGAUGAAUGUUGGUCCAUAAUGAAGAAUAGAGCGUUUCCUAAUGAAAACGCUCUCAUAAGUGCAGAUCUGGAGACAAUAGGAAAGCAAAUUGCAAAAAAGUGCGCAGGUGUACCACUAGUGGCAAAGGUUUUGGGAGGCAUGCUGCGUUCUAAAAACAGUAUAGAUGAAUGGCGGUCAAUUCAAGAAAGUGAAAUAUGGGAAUUACCAGAAAGUGAUGAUAGAAUCAUGUCAGUUUUGAGGUUGAGUUUUGAUAAUUUGAAAUCAGCACCUUUAAAACAUUGUUUUGCAUAUUGCUCAAUAUUUAUGAAAGAUUUCGAAAUUGAAAAGGAGAGGUUGGUCCAACUCUGGAUGGCUGAAGGAUUGCUCCACUCUUCAAGUAAUCAAGAGAUGGAAGAUAUAGGGAAUGAAUAUUUUAAUAUUCUAUUGCAAAACUCCUUUUUUCAAGAUGUUACAAUGGAUAAAGAUGGAGUUGUUAUCACAUGCAAGAUGCACGAUCUUGUGCAUGAUCUUGCAGAACUAGUGUCAAAAUCUGUUGGGAAAUUGCAGUCCCUAUUUUCAAAUGGAGAAGAUCUUAGAAAUAGCUUGUCAAGUUUUAGUUCUUUACGAGUGUUGAAUUUAUACGAUGCUGCAAUUGAGGAGUUGUCAAGUUCAAUUGGCAGGUUGAAACACUUGAGGUAUUUGGAUGUUUCUAGAACACAAAUCAAAGAACUUCCAAAAUCUAUUGGCAAGCUUUACAAUCUGCAGACGUUAAGAAUGUAUACACGGCAUACACGGAAACUGGAAAGGUUUCCAAAGGAAAUGGAAAAUUUGAUCAAGUUGAGGCAUGUUUAUUUCGACCAUGAUCAGAAAGUUCCAUUUGGGAUGAGACGAUUGACUCGUCUGCAAACAUUACGUUACUUUAAUUUGGAUAAGGAAAAGAAUCAUGGAAUUGAUGAGCUGGGUGGCUUAAACCAAUUAAAAGGUGAACUAACUAUCUCAUCUUUGGAACAUGUGAAAGACAAAGACGAAGCGAAGAAAUCAAAUUUAGCAGGGAAAGCAAAUAUACGAAAGUUGACACUAAAGUGGGGGAAUUCCUGGCAGAGAAACAAUAAGGAGAGUGAUGUUGAUGUACUAGAAGGCCUCCAACCGAACCCUAAGCUAGAAAUCUUAAAGAUUGAAAACUUCAUGGGUGGUAAAUUAGCAUCAUGGAUGAUGAGUCUACUCAAUUUGAAAGAGAUCUGGUUAUCCGACUGCAGGGAAUGUGAAGAAGUCCCUCCACUCGGCAAUUUGAAAAAUCUUAGUCAUGUUAAAUUUGAACAUAUGAAUAAGCUUAAAUGUGUGGAAGUUGAGUUUUAUGGUGCGGCUUUGUUUCCAUCAUUGAAAACGUUAGUUUUUUAUAAUUGCCCAGCUCUAAUUGAAUGGAAGGAAGUGGAUGUGAUUACGCCAGCAGCGGUGUUUCCCUGCCUUGAGGAGUUGACUCUUUGGAAUUGCUGGCACUUGAGAAAUGCUCCAAGUCGUUUUCCAUCUCUCCAGAAGUUGAUCAUAUAUAAUACUGACCAGGUCAUGGCAAUGGAAAAUAUAUGCAGUCAACUAAUCACUCUCACUCACCUCGAAAUUCAUAAAGCCUUAGAGCUUACUCGUCUGCCAGUAGGGAUGCUGGAAAACAACCACAAUCUUCGGGUGCUGCAUAUUGACCAUUGCCAUAAGCUUAGCCAUUUACCUGAUGAGCUACACACACUCCAUCUUCUUGAGGGGUUAACACUAGAGAAUUGUCCUAGUCUAGAGUUCAUUCCAAUUGCCACCCAGAGCCAGGACAUGCCAUGUCUCCGCAAAUUGAAGAUUGAAAAUUGUGAGAAAUUAUCAAGCUGCUCGAGUGGGUUGGAAUAUUGCACCUCUCUUCAGGAAUUGCAUAUUGAAAAUUGUCAAAAUUUGAGGCAUUUACCGGUUGAUGGGCUACAGACCCUUGUCUCUCUUGAGGAGUUGACUCUAAAGAAUUGUCCUAGUCUAGAGUUCAUUCCAAUUACCACCCAGAGCCAGGGCAUGCCAUGUCUCCGCAUAGUGAAUAUUCUGAAUUGUGAGAAAUUAUCAAGCUGGCCGAGUGGGUUGGAAUAUUGCACCUCUCUUCAGGAUUUGCAUAUUGAAAAUUGUCAAAAUUUGAGGCAUUUACCGGUUGAUGGGCUACAGAACCCCGUCUCUCUUGAGGAGCUCUACAUAAGGAAUUGCACUAAUCUAGAAGCUAUUCCCAGUUUAGACAACCUCACAUCCCUCCAUACGUUGUCUAUUUGGGGUUGUGAUGGACUCACAAGUCUACCGAGGGGGCUACAAUCCUGCACAUCUCUUACAAUCCUGACAAUCGGGGAAUGCCAUAAUUUGAUCUCUCUGGCAGAUGUCGAUGAUAUAUCCAGAUUGCAGUCUCUUUACAAUUUACAAAUAUUUGAUUGUCGGAAAUUAAAAUAUUUGCCAACGGGGCUACGCUCUCUGACGAGUUUGGAAAAUAUGACAAUCGGUAAGUUUUGGGAAGAGCUCGAUUCUUUCCCUGAUUUUGAGCUUCCAUCACAAAUCCGAUGGUUAAAGAUCUCAGGGUGGCCUAAGCUCAAGUCUCUGCCUCAACAAAUUCAACACUUGACUACUUGUUUAGAAAAUUUGAAAAUAGUGUCUUUCGACAGCAUGGAGGCUCUUCCAGAGUGGUUGGGUAACCUUACAUCUCUUAUCUGCCUGGAUAUCAGGGAUUGUAAGAAUCUGAUGCGUAUGCAACGCCUCACCAAAUUAGAAACGCUAUCGAUUAGUGGAUGUCCCAGUCUAGCGGAAAGAUGUGCCAAGGAGAGCGGCCCAGAAUGGCACAUGAUUUCUCACAUCCCAGAUAUAAGAGUUGACGGAGUUUGGCUGUAAAGAAUCGGAAUCUUCAAGUGAUAAUUCGACUCACUCAAAGCCUCACCAAACUAGCAUGUUUACUCAUGGCAUCAAUUGGUCUAAUUUGCCAACUUCCAUAAGGAUUUUACCAUCCAGUUUGUUGGUUUUCAGAAGGAUCUUACUCAAUUGGAAGAACAAGUGAUGCGCCAAAGGUGCAAACUUAGUGCAGAUUUGGGGCUGGCAACCAUUUGAAGUGUAAACAGUCCUUAGAAGUUGUUUAUAAAAAUUUGAUGAACUGGAGGGUUUACUGGAGUGAUGAGGGAACCUUGAAGCUUUCAGUGAACUAUCUAUUUGUAUAUGUGAGAAUCUGAAGAAUCUACCAGCAGUGGAAGCUCUGAAAAUUUCCCCAAAAUGAAAGAUGCACCGAGGAGAGCCAGAAUCAUGUGCAAGGAGAUACAUGGCAUAAUACAGCCAAUGGUGUUUUCCAUAAUGCAGGUUUCAGCUAUAUAUAUGGCAUAUCAGCUGUUGAUAGUGAUUAACUUUUUUACCUUGAGUACACUAAAAUAAUAAUCAUGAUGCAUGUAGUUAAGCAAAUCACUAUUUCUGGAAGGUGUUGAUUUAUUUUCCUUUUUCCCGUUUUCCUGUUUCUACAGUUAAGGUCCUCUGUUAUUUGAUAGCAUGUCAUUUUUUCUUAUGCUGUUGCAAGAAUCAGGUAAAGGAGUGUUUACCAUCCUUUUAAAGGUUGCAGGUAAUUUUGAACAUUUCUUGCUAAGUUUAUCUUGGUGUUAUAUUGACCAGGCAGAGUUGAGACUGAAGAAGAAACUCAUGCAUGCGAUGUGCCUGUGAUCUAGAACUUAUUGUUUUGGACAAUAUGCAAGGACGAUAGUGCAAACAGUACUAAUCCUUUGGCUUGGGUGACUCAACAAAUGUGAAAGAGAAUCAAGUGGAAUGUUGCUCUUCUUCACUCUCCCUGCGGGUGUCUGUCUUCAUAAUGCUAAAAAGCAGAGUCAGCAUUCAAGAAGAAAUUCAUGAAUGCGCUAUGAGUGCCACUGCCAUGCAUGUUUUUGUCUCAUGAAAUUUUAAUUUGCACAAAUUGGGAAACUUCUUAUGGUGCAGCAUAAUCGGAAAACACUAUACUUGGAGGGCGUUUAUCAUGAAGAAAGCUCUUCCUAAUGAAGUCCUAAGGCCUGUCUCAUGCAAAUAAGAUAUUUUGAGUCUUUAAAGCACGAAUGAUAGCAGAAGUUUGUGAGUUUAGAAUGUAUUUGGGGUUCUUUGUUGAGAAAUGGGAUGAGAGAUAAUUUUAGAGUGAUUUUAAGAACUUUCCUUGUCAUUGUAACGAUCUUCUAAACUUUUGAUUUAGUGGAUUAUGACGCAAUCGGCCGUGGCCGUAGACCAAUUAUGGUGGACCACGUUCAUUUUUGAGUUUAUAUCUGCUUUCGUUUCUCUCUUACUUUUCCUGCAUUUGGUUCGCAACAAUGGACUAGAGAGCCAAAGGCCACAAAUUCUGUAAUCCCAU